AUGUAUUUGGAGAAUAAGAGCAACCUGGAGAUGGAGAUGUCCCAGGCUGCAGCCCAAGGCCACCAGGGCCGGGGUGGACAUCGAGCGUCAGAGGCAGUGGAAGGGAACUUUGGAGAGCUGCGUCUCCUUCAGGGUUUCUCAGAGAGGAGGGAGACCCAGAAGCUGCAGCAGUCUGCUGUUUUGCCAUCUGGACAAUGUGUCAUCCACGCAGAGGGCUUUGUCCCUGUCUGUCACGAAGAUGGGUAUGCACACAACUUCAGCGUGGUUAAUAUUCUCAAAGGGAAAACGAACCAGGCCAACAUAACAGAGAGGUCACCACUGUUGAGAUUCUCCCAAGAUGACAGUAUAACCUAUAUGACCCUGCAUGAUCCCAGCUUUGUUGGAAGGGACGAGCCCUGGGAUACCAGCUCUAUGGAGCUGGACAGGAGGUGUCGCCUGGGGAGUGAGGUCAACAGCCUGUCCUUGUUCCACUCCAGCUCCUCAGAGAAGAAUGACCCAUUGGAUAACCUCAACCUGAAUUUCAAGCUUGCUGGUAGUAUAAGAUGCUGCCUCAAGAUCUCCAAAAUUGCCAGUAUCUUUGCCAUUGUUGUUCUCUGCACUUUGUUCUUCAGUAUGUAUCCGGAUCGAGAUAACCCUUGGAGAAUGUUGGCAGUCUCAUCGACAGAGAGUUUCUCCAUAAACCUGACAGAUUUCCGUGACAAUGCUUUGCUGAAGCUACAGGUGGGAGGGCCUUUUACAGGAGGGAUGGUUGACUUGACCAGUCCUGAGUAUAUCCUCAUCCAGGUUGAACAGACUGAAGAGGCAGGAUCGCGGAGAAGGAGAGGUCAGCAGGUGAUUUAUAAUUGGACCAUUCCCUUACAUGGUGAACGAAGUGACCAAAUAUUGACAACAAGAACAUUUGAGAUGGUCAGCAGCAGCCCCAUCUUCAUCACGGUUCAGGCAUUCUUACAGGAUAAUGAGGUGGUACCUCUUUCCAUGACCCACCAGUCGCUUUAUGUCAACGUGGAGACUCAGGUGGCAAUAGCUGGAAUCAUCCUGACUGGGGUGUACAUUCUCAUCAUCUUUGAGAUUGUUCACCGCACUCUGGCUGCCAUGCUGGGAUCUCUGGCUGCCUUGGCUGCCUUGGCUGUUAUUGGAGAUCGACCCAGUCUGGUGACUGUGGUAGAGUGGAUUGACUAUGAGACACUCGCCCUCCUGUUUGGCAUGAUGAUACUAGUGGCCAUAUUCUCAGAGACUGGAUUCUUUGACUAUUGUGCUGUAAAGGCUUACCAGUUAUCCAGGGGCAGAGUGUGGCCUAUGAUCAUCAUCCUUUGCCUUAUUGCAGCCAUUCUCUCUGCUUUUCUGGACAAUGUGACCACAAUGAUGCUCUUCACCCCAGUCACCAUAAGGUUGUGUGAGGUGCUUAAUCUGGACCCCAGACAUGUCUUGAUUGCAGAAGUAAUCUUCACUAACAUUGGAGGAGCUGCCACAGCUGUAGGAGAUCCACCCAAUGUGAUUAUAGUAUCAAAUCAGGACCUGCGCAAGGAAGGUAUUGAUUUUGCAGCUUUCACAGGGUAUAUGUUCCUUGGAAUAUGCCUUGUCCUCCUGACGUCCUUUCCUUUCCUACGGAUGCUCUAUUGGAACAAAAAACUCUACAACAAAGAGUCCAUUGAAAUUGUGGAGCUUAAACAUGAGAUCCUGGUUUGGAGGCAAACGGCCCAGCGCAUCAACCCUGCCAGCCGGGAGGAGACAGCUGUAAAAUGCCUCCUAAUGCAAAAAGUCCUCAAUCUAGAGAGUCUGCUCCGCAAAAUGAUGAAAACAUUUCAAAGGCAAAUUUCUCAGGAGGAUAAAAACUGGGAGCAAAACAUUCAAGAAUUGCAAAAAAAGCACCGAAUAACUGACAAAGUCCUCCUGGUCAAGUGCGUGUCAGUCCUGGGCAUAGUGAUCUUCAUGUUCUUUCUCAACUCUUUUGUUCCCAGCAUUCAUCUUGAGCUCGGUUGGAUUGCUAUCCUGGGGGCAUUGUGGCUACUGGUUCUGGCUGACAUUCAGGACUUUGAGAUUAUCUUACAUCGAGUGGAGUGGGCCACACUACUGUUCUUUGCUGGCCUCUUUGUGUUAAUGGAGGCUUUAGCCCAGUUGCAGCUUAUUGACUAUAUUGGAGAACAGACAGCACUGCUUAUAAAAGCAGUGCCAGAAGACCAGCGCUUGGCCAUAGCUAUUAUCCUGGUGAUGUGGAUCUCCGCCCUGGCUUCCUCUCUCAUCGACAACAUUCCCUUCACUGCUACCAUGAUACCUGUUCUUAUCAACCUGAGUCAGGAUGGAGACGUGAACCUGCCAGUAAAACCACUCAUCUUUGCUUUAGCCAUGGGAGCUUGCCUUGGGGGAAAUGGCACAUUAAUAGGUGCAUCAGCCAACGUUGUGUGUGCAGGGAUUGCUGAACAACAUGGUUACGGAUUUUCCUUCAUGGAGUUCUUUAGGUUAGGUUUUCCUAUGAUGAUGAUGACAUGCACAAUAGGCAUGUGCUACCUGUUGGCCACCCACGUUGGAUUAGGCUGGAACAUGUGA